AUGAAAAAUACAGUAAGCAAAUCUAUUUGUGUUGAAAUUGAUCCUCGAAUCAUUAUAGAAUGGACUAAAAGAUUUAAGUAUUCUUAAUAUUCAGAUAAGUUUAAAUUAAUUUAAGGUGACUUUUUAACAGCUGAAUAACCAUUUUUUGAUUUAUGUGUAGCAAAUGUCCCUUAUUAAAUAUCAUCUCCUUUAGUUUUUAAAUUAUUGGCUCAAUGGCCUUUUUGGAGAUAUGCAGUUUUAAUGUUCUAAUAAGAAUUUGCAUUCAGAUUGGUUGCCAAACCUGGAAAUGAAUUAUAUUGUAGACUAUCUGCAAAUGUUUAAAUGUUAUCAAGAGUUGAUCAUUUGAUGAAAGUUGGAAAAAAUAACUUUAAACCUCCUACUAAAGUUGAAUCAUCAGUUGUUAGAAUAGAACCAAAGAAUCCUAUUCCUAAUAUUAAUUAUAUUGAAUGGGAUGGUUUAUUAAGAAUUUGUUUUAAUUGA